AGGGGCAGCUGCUGCGGGACAAGUUCGGUGCCACCCUGGGCGGUGUCCCCGCGCUGUCCCCAUGUCCCUGGGCAGUGUCCCCAUGUCCCUGUCGUGUCCCCGCAGGUUCGGUGCCACCCUGGGCGGUGUCCCCGUGCUGGCCGCUGUCGCCUGGCCCUGGCCGUGGCUGCCCGUGCUGGGGGCGGGGCUCUCGGCGGGGGGGGCGGGGCUGCAGGCGCUGCUGGGCGGGUCCCGCCUCCUGCGCGCGCUGGCGCGGACACGGGCGCUGCCGCUGCCGCGCGCUCUGUCGCGGGGCCGGCUCUGGCCGCUGUUGGUGACCCUGCUGACCGCGGCCCUGGGGGUGCUGCUGGGCUCGCUGGACCUGCUGGCCCCGGUGCUCUCCGUGCUGUGCCUGACGUCACACCUGGGGCUGAACCUGGCGUGCGCCCUGCAGGGGCUGCUGCCCACGGCCGGCUGGAGCCCGCGCUGCCCGCUGUACCACUGGUCGGUGUCCCUGGCCGGGGCCCUGCUCUGCCUGUCCCUGAUGUUUGUCACCUGCUGGCACUGUGCCCUGCUGGCCCUGGGCAUCGGCGCCACCGCCUACAAAUACCUGGAGUUCCGCAGGCCGCAGCUGUUGGUGCUGUCCAAGCCCGGGGACCCCGGGCCCCCCCCCCGGCCCGAGCUGGUGGCUCUGGCCGCGCAGCUGCAGGGCGGGGGGCGGGGCCUGACCGUGCUGGGGGCGGUGCUGGGCGGGGCCCUGCACGAGAGAGGGCCAUGGGGGUCAAAGGUCAUGGGGGCUCACAGGGUCAUGGGGGGUUAUGGGGGGUCAUGGGGGCGGGGCGUGGCCGUGCUGGGGGCGGUGCUGGGCGGGGCCCUUGUAUUUUUGGCGCUGCGGGUGGCGCUGGCCCGGGCCGGUGCCCGCGGGUUCGUGCAGGUGCUGGUGACACCUGAGCCGGGGGCGGGGCUGGCGGCGCUCGUGCAGGGGGUGGGGCUGGGGGCGCUCCGCCCCAACACCGUCCUGCUGGGCUGGCCCCGCCGCUGGCGGCAGCAGCCGGACCCCGCCAGGGCCGCCAGGGACUUCGUGGAGCUGCUGCGGGUGGCGGGCGCGGCGGGCCGGGCCCUGCUGGUGUCCAAGGGCGGAGCGGAGCCCGGCCCGGCCCCGGGGGUGUCCCCGCUCCCAGGGGUGUCCCCGGGGGCGUCCCCGGCCCCGGGGGUGUCCCCGGGGGGGUCCCUGGAUGUCUGGUGGGUGGUGGGCACCGGGCGCCUCCUGACGCUGCUGCCGCUGCUGCUCCGACAGCACCCGGUAGGGGGCGCCACGGGGCGGGGCUUCAAGCGGGGGCGGGGCUUGAGUGUGGCGGGAAAUACCCCCCCCCCCUAUUCACGUGGGACCCUGGAAGGCCGAAAAAUACGCCUGGGAGCCCCAAAAUACCCCAAUCCAGGCCGGGCCGCUGCGCCGGGGCUGCCGGCACAGGUGCACGUGGUGGAGCUGCACGACGGCGCGGUCUCUGAUUACACGUACGAGCGGACGCUGAUGAUGGAGCAGCGCUCGCAGAUGCUGCGGCAGCUGCGCGGCGCCCAGGGAGGCCCCGCCCCCUCGCACCCGCCCAGCGCCGCCGAGGAGGAGGAGGGGGGGGGAGGGGAACCCCGGAGAGGGCCCAGCCCGGGGAACGUGCGGCGCAUGCACGCGGCCGAGCGCCUCAACGCCGCCAUCUUGGCGCACUCGGGGGGGGCGGGGCUGGUGCUGCUGGACCUGCCCCCCCUUCCCCCCCCGCGCCCCCACCGGCCCCGCGAGAACUACCUGGAGUUCCUGGAGGUGCUGACCGAGGGCCUGGGGCCGGUGCUGCUCGUCAGGGACGGCGACGGGGAUGGAGACCAGUGCUCCCAGUAUGGGACUGGGAAUGGCGAUGGGGAGCCCUGAGAGCCCAGUGCUCCCAGUGCUCCCAGUAUGGAACUGGGAAUGGCGAUGGGGAGCCCUGAGAGCCCAGUGCUCCCAGUGCUCCCAGUAUGGAACUGGGAAUGGGGACACCGGGGAGCCCUGAGAGCCCAGUGCUCCCAGUGCUCCCAGUAUGGGACU